CGGUCCGUCUCUACUGGAGUUGGGAGACGUGAAGAUGUCUCAUGUCUUCUUUUUGUUUCCAGGACGACGAGCAACAUGAACAAGGUGUUCUGUCCUCACUGUGGAAACAAGACUCUGAAGAAGGUUGCCGUGACGAUCACGGAGGACGGCAGCGUGCACAUGCACUUCUCCAAAAACCCCAAAGUCCUCAACGCCAAGGGACUGAGGCACUCCCUGCCGCUGCCCCGGGGGGGGAAGCACAGCAACAACCCCCAGCUGGUGGAGGACCAGAGCUUCCCCCAGCAGAGACUGUCCCGCAAGGCGCGCCAGAAGACGGACGUCUUCGACCCGGACUACGUGGCCGGGGCGUCCCCGUUCUGCCAGAACGACGUCUACAGCCGCGCCGCCAACCUCAACAUCAGAGACGGGCAGGGGGGGGGAGGCCGGAGGCGCUCCAACCCCAACGCCACGCACAAGAAGACGGUUAGGAAGAAGUGAGACAGGAAGACAGACAGAGACACACACAGACAGUGACACAGACAGACAGUUAGAGACAGAGACA